AUCAGGAAAUGUCAAGCAGCUUGAGGAGUUAGUUUUACUUUCACUUUUGUAAAAAUUAAGCAAGAAUACAAUAAUUUAAUUUUUGAAUAGUUUGUGAUUCAAGAAGUUUUGAGGAAGUACUAUUUAUAAGCCUCAAAAAUGUUCUGGUUAGUGUAAAAAAAAUCAUAAAUUAAGAAAAUGCGAAAAUAUAAAUCUUUUGUUGAAAACUACAUUUACGAAUGGAAGAUAGGCUCAAAAAUGUCAUAAGGGUGCGCAAGCUAAAUACACUCUUCUUUAAAUUACGCAACUGACUAUAUAGCACUACGACUGUAAUGGGGAAAGUCAGUUUUCUCGUUAUCUUUGGAAUAUUUAUUUCACUUAAAGAAUCGUCAAUUAACAAUGCAAUAGUUAAUGGGCAGACAACUGCUUCUAACCUUCGACGAAACCUGAAAUACUAUGAACUAUUAAAAGCAGUCGAUUUAACUCAUCACAUUGUAAAGAGAGGAGCAAAUCCUAGCAAUCAUCCUUUGAAUCAUAUAAAAGAGCUACAAUUUAAAACACUGGGAAGAGAUUUCCUACUUGUGCUAAACCCAAACCAUCGCAUAUUUCACCCAUUAUUCAAAGCUUUCGAAAUUGGUAGAGAUGGAGUUGAACAAGCCAUACACAUUGACCGAGACAGUUUUUACGAGGGGCGUGUGUUUGGCGAAGACGAUUCUGAUGUUAGAGCUCAUCUUGAGGACAAUGGCGUAAUGACUGCGACUAUACGAACUCGCAAUGAGACAUACCACAUUGAGCCCUCUUGGCGUCAUUUACAUGACGGUGAUCAGUUGACCAUGAUAACAUACAAAGGAUCAGAUGUCAAAAACAGUUGGGAGACUGAUGAUACAGAUGAAGAUCUGGAUGGACCAAACCUGCCAAUUUGUGCAUAUGUCAAGGAAGGAAAUGUAACAAAAGAAGUUAGCGAUCCAGAACCAGACUACGAGCUAAUCAUGAAACGUUGGAGGAGAGACCUGUCCAUGGAACGAAGGUCUGCAAUUGCUAUCCGACCACAUAAAACUCGAUGCCCGUUAUUACUUGUGGCUGACUAUCGUUUUUAUCGAGAAAUGGGCGGAUCAAGCAAUAAGUCGACCAUUAAUUAUUUGAUCAGUUUAAUUGACAGAGUAACAAAGAUUUAUGAGGAGACACAAUGGAAAGAUAAAGUUGACGAUAUUGGUUUUGAUGGAAUGGGAUUUGUCAUUAAAAAGAUCGUUGUCCAUUCUGAACCAACUGUCACGCAACAUGGAGAAAUGCACUACAAUAUGGCGAUGGAAAAGUGGGAUGUCCGAACUCUUUUGGAAGUUUUUAGCAGAGAAUACACCCACAAAGACUUUUGCUUGGCUCAUCUUUUCACAGACAUUAAAUUUGAGGGAGGAAUCCUUGGCUUGGCAUACGUUGGAUCCCCUCGACGUAACUCUGUGGGAGGGAUUUGUACCCCAGAAUAUUUUAAGAACGGAUACACCUUAUAUUUGAAUUCUGGGCUGAGCUCGAGCAGGAAUCAUUAUGGACAACGCGUCAUAACACGAGAAGCUGACUUGGUCACUGCUCAUGAAUUCGGACACAAUUGGGGAUCAGAGCAUGACCCAGAUAAUCCAGAGUGCAGCCCAAGUGCAAGUCAAGGGGGCUCCUACUUAAUGUACACUUAUUCCGUCUCCGGUUACGAUCUCAACAACAAGAAAUUUUCACCCUGCAGUUUACGGUCCAUUCGGAAAGUACUGCUUACAAAAAGUGAGCGUUGCUUCUCUGAACCAGAGGAAUCUUUUUGUGGCAACUUACGUGUUGAAGGAAAUGAACAAUGUGAUGCCGGAUUGUUAGGCACCGAAGAUUCUGAUCAGUGUUGUAGACCAAACUGUACAUUGCGACCUGCUGCUGUUUGCAGCGAUAAAAAUUCACCCUGCUGUCAGAAUUGUCAAUAUAUGGCUGCGGGUGAAAGAUGCAGGGAGGCGCAGUUAGCUACUUGUGAGCAAGAAAGUAGAUGCAUGGGUACACGGGACGAUUGUCCAAAAUCAGCCCCAAUGCCAGAUGACACCCCAUGUCUCGAGAAAGGUCAAUGUAAAGCUGGUCGCUGUGUCCCGUAUUGUGAAACACUGGGAAAACAGAGUUGUAUGUGCGACAAACUGGAACACGCCUGCAAGAGGUGUUGCAGAGUUCACUUGAACGCUACAUGUUACCCAAUAGAACCGUACGAAACUCAUAUUGAUGGCACCCCAUGCAUUCAAGGAAUUUGCAACAAGGGACAAUGCGAGCGCACAGUUCACGAUGUAGUUGAACGUUUCUGGGAUAUAAUAGAAGAUAUUAACAUCAACAGACUGUUAAAGUUUCUGAAAGACAACAUAAUUUUUACCGUGGUUCUGAUUACAUCUUUGCUGUGGAUCCCAGGGAGUGUUCUCGUUAGUUACAUUGAUCGGAAAAGUUACAGGCUUGCACUGGAGGAAGACGAAUGGGCUAAAAACAAGUCCGACUUGAUACAUCCUUGUGAUUCUCGUCCGGUGAUUUUCAUCAGGCCAAAAGUGAACUCUGACCACGGGUAUGGGAUUAAUCAAUAAGGGAUUAAGUCACCUCGCUUCUUGGUACUCAAGAUGACAAAAUGUGCACAAUUAUCUAGUCGUUCAUACAUCGCAACAUAAUAAGUUAAAGUUACUGACCGGAUUUUUGACUUGAACGUCCUUAGUCAUAUCAUUUUUAAGCGUAUUCUAGUUUCAGUUGAUCUCAUAAGUUACUUGUAUCAAUUUUUUAUAAAAUCUUAAUAAAACAUUACGAUAUAUA